CGCGCGCAAGUGUGUGUGGCUCUUUCGGCGCGGUCGUGGCGGUGCGGUGGCUGGUGUGUGCUAGUGCGGACCGCGCAGUGGGUAUCAGUGGACAUCGGCGGCCGGAGUGCGUCAGUCAGUUGGCAAAUUUUGCAGUUCCCCUUGCCUUCACGCGUGCAUGACUGUACGGCGGCGAGCCGAUAGUAAGCGAUAGCGCGAGUGAAUUCGCUGUAGUCGACGAGGGUGCGGUGGUGGUGUUAGUGGCCGCAGUGGUGCUGCUCCUUUUCGUCAGCGGUCGAGCCUGCUGAUCGCGCGCUGCUGGUCCAUGUGCUCUGCUGACUAAAAUGCUCAUCAAGGAAUACCGAGUCACUCUGCCCCUCACAGUGGAAGAGUAUCAAGUAGCUCAAUUAUAUUCUGUAGCAGAGGCUAGUAAGAAUAAUACAGGCGGUGGAGAAGGCAUUGAAGUGUUAAAAAAUGAGCCAUUCACUGAUUAUCCGCUACUUGGUGGAAAGUACUCGUCAGGUCAAUAUACAUAUAAGAUUUAUCACUUAGCUAGUAAAGUGCCUCCUUUCAUUCGCAUUUUACUGCCAAAAAAUUCGCUGGAAAUCCAUGAAGAAGCUUGGAACGCUUAUCCUUAUUGUAAAACAGUCAUAACUAAUCCAGGUUAUAUGAAAGACAAUUUCGUUAUCAUGAUAGAAUCCUUUCAUAUUGGCGAUGUUGGCAAUCAGCAUAAUGUUCACGAAUUGCCACCUGAUAAGCUCAAAAUAAGAGACGUAGUGCACAUAGAUAUUGCAAAUGAUCCGGUUGCCAAUGCCGAUUACAAAGAGGACGAGGAUCCGACUAAAUUCAAGUCCCAGAAGACGGGACGGGGUCCUCUCGUAGGGAAGGAGUGGAAGAAUAAUGUACAGCCUGUGAUGACGUGCUACAAGCUAGUCACUUGUGAAUUCAAAUGGUUUGGCCUGCAAACCCGCGUCGAAGGGUUCAUACAAAAGGCGGAGCGGCGCUUGUUCACUAAUUUCCAUAGACAAGUGUUCUGCUGGAUAGAUCGUUGGUAUGGCUUAACCAUGGAGGAUAUUAGAGCAAUCGAAGACAAUACGAAAGAAGAAUUAGACAGGCAAAGACAUCAAGGAGAAGUACGGGGUAUGCGCGCUGACGAGUGAGGCUUCGAUAGCUUCUAUUAUGAACGGUUAAAUCAAUUUCCUUAUACAUGUCAACACAAAUACAUACGCAUACCUACAGAUGUACACCCUGUUACGCUCUGUCAUAGACGAUUCCACAGGAUUCGGACGAUUUCCAGAGUUUACGUGUCUAGAUUCAUGUCUAUUACAAUUACUUACAAUUUUAAUUUAUUUUACAAGCGUUUUAGAUAAAUGUAUCUACAGUCAAAGAUUAUAAUUAUAAUGUAGCUAUUAUAAAUGAAAAGGAGAAAUGUGUGGAAAGAAUCGGAGUCACAUCUGAUUCUUGUUUAAUGCAUAAUUAUAAAGAAAGAAAAUUUCUGGUUUCGUGAAAACCGAUUAUAGAUAAAGAGUUACGAUUACUUAACAGCAGUUCGUAGUUCGAUAAUAAUAGGUAUUGGAGUUCAUUAAUGAACGAAAAAAAUGUUUACUGCAAAAUACACAAAAAAAAAAAACAGGAAAAAUAUGUGAUUAACACUGCAACUUUGAUCGUAGUUGAAUAGUUAAAAAAAUCCACAGUUUAAUAUAUUAAUGUACAAUUGAAAAUCUAAAUGUUACAUAUUAAUGAUCCGUGUUGGAACUAUCAUUUCAGUCGAAAGUGUGAUGUAAUUGAUCAUGUAUUUUCGGAUGAGGAUGUCGAGAAUAUUUCUUUACCUUGAGAAAGUGUACAUACAUACGAUUAGGAAGCUUAGCUGGAAAAAUGUUCUAAAAGAU